ACGUAGGUAUCACGUGUGUAUUCGGUGAACGGUUCCAAAAAUUUACUGAUUUCAAGCUUAUGACAUCAGCUUUUUGUGUUAGAAGUAGAUGGUAAAUGUAACGUCAAUACUGUAAUGUCCAAAGUGUAAUCAUUUAUAAAUGAGUUAAUAAUAAUGGUGCUUUCUUCAAACACGUGGAAUGUUGUCAAAAUGUACCGAAAAUUAUUAACAAAAUAUCCGUUGCUUACUCAAGCUACGCAAGCCGGUACAUUAAUGGCACUUGGAGAUCAGAUUGCACAAAAUUUAGUUGAACGAAAAGAAUUUAAAGAUUUAGAUUUUGUACGAACUGCUCAGUUUGGUGGUAUAGGAUUUUUUAUUGCUGGACCUGCAACUCGAACUUGGUAUGGAAUAUUAGAUAAAUAUAUUGGUUCAAAAGGAGGAGUUGUAGUAUUAAAAAAAGUAUGUUGUGAUCAAUUAUUUUUUGCUCCUAUAUUCAUAGGAGUCUUAUUAUCAGUAAUUGGUAUGUUACAAGGGAAUGAUUUAGAAAAUUUGCAAAAUAAAUUAAAAAAGGAAUAUCCUGAUAUUUUGAAGAAUAAUUAUAAGCUUUGGCCUAUAGUUCAGCUAGUUAACUUCUAUUUUAUACCUUUACAAUAUCAAGUUUUAAAAGUACAAUCAGUAGCUCUACUAUGGAAUACUUAUAUUUCAUAUAGAACACGUCUAGAAAAGUAGAAAUAGGUAUAAGGAAUAAAU